AUGGCAGAUUGCGACCGGGACCAGGACACUGUAGCUAUGAAUAAGCUGGUCGAUGCACACUGCCAUGUUAGUACUGAUCCAGAAAGCUCAUGUGGCGGAGACGACGGAGGGUUUCAGGGCACGGUACGAUGUGUGAUGUCAUCAAACCCUUAUGACUGGAGCAAUUUGAAAAAAAUGGCCAGCAAUGGCAGACGGAAGGACGAUAUGUGCGUAGGGUUUGGCGUUCAUCCUUGGUACAGUCACCUGUUUUAUGUGGGGGGGCAACGCGAUAAGCUUUCCCACUAUGAAGGCGUACUGGAGUAUAAGGACGGAGACCAGUUCGCCCGUUUGGUCCAGGUGCUGCCUGAGCCUCUAGAUCUUGAAGAGUAUAUAGCAAGGGAGUUCGACGGCACACUGGUUGGUGUGAUUGGAGAGAUAGGGCUGGAUAAGCUUUUUAGACUACCUGCAAACGGGUUCUACACGCAAGGCGAGAAGGCCAGGCUAACUACGGUAAAAGUCAAACUGUCGCAUCAGGAGGCGGUCUUCAGGCGGUUCUGUCAGUUGGCCAGAGACACACGUAGGCCCGUCUCCAUCCACGGCGUUAAGUGCCACGGGAAACUCAACGACAUCUGCAACGAAGAGCUCUUGCCCUGCUCGUCCGUCAAGAUAUGCUUGCACUCGUACACAGGGUCCAAAGAGACGCUCUUGGGCCAAUGGCUCAAGACGUUCUCUCCGGACCGUGUCUUUGUGAGCUUGUCCAAAUGGAUCAACUUCAAGAACCCAGACGAGGGCAACGGCCUGGUCAGGAGCCUACCCCCCACGUGUAUACUGACGGAAACCGACUUCCCCAUUGACAAUCCAGAUCCAGCGUACCAAGCAGAUCUUACUGAGCAGCUGCAAUAUCUGAACGCUCAAAUAGCGCAGGCAUGGGAUGAGGGCCAUGAUGCCUCACAGGCUACCUCGCAUGUGUACGACAACUUUCAGAGGUUUAUUAAAUAG